AUGUUGCUCCAGCUGCUCUCUGUCCUCUGGGAGGCCUUGUCCCUGCAGGUUGUUCUGGUGUUUCUGGCAACAUUUCUACUUAUUGCUGAUUAUAAGAAACAGAUUCGCCCAAGGAAUUACCCCCCAGGGCCCAGGCCUCUUCCCUUUCUGGGUAGCACACUACAUCUGGAUUUCAAGAAGCCUCAGAUUUCAGCACAAAAGGUAAGGAUGGAGGAAAGAGCUUUAGGGUGGUGUGGGAUGUUUCUCCCUAUAAGAUGCCCAGCCAAGUGGACGCAAAAUUGAGAAAAUCUAUUGGAGGGUGCCAGAUUUUGGCCUCACUCACCACCUAACAGCUAUUUGUAACAAACCUGUGUCCACAACUGCCAUUUGCUUUCUAUGGCUGGCAGAAUAUUGUGGGUGUGCAUGUAGGUACUUACAUUGUACAUAGGUACAUAGGUACAUGAACCUGGACAAAACUGCAGUAAACUGUAAGGGAGAUUCAGAGGUCUAAACUGGAAAAAAACCUACGUUGUGUGGAGUCCCCAAUCUACACAUGCAUUUGCACUUUAUAGUUUUGACAAUUCAGGCAGUGGCUGUUUUUUAUAUACAAUUAUAUAGUUAUGUUGAUACAUCUUCUCCUGAUAGUAUUUUGUCAUGGACUUUGGCUAGUACAAUAAAGCUUAUUCACCUUACUGUCUCCAUUCAGCUUGCAGAAAAAUAUGGCAAUGUAUUCGGCCUUCAGACUGGAAACAUAAGGAUUGUGGUUGUGAAUGGAUUGCACCUGGUGAAAGAGGCUCUUGUCCAUCAGGGAGAAUAUUUUGUAGAUCGACCAAAAUCCCCUGUUCUUGAUAAGAUAUUUGGGUCACUUGGUAAGUUUCCUUUACGAUGGUCAAUGAUUUAGAUGAUUAAAAUUGCUUUUUUAAUUAUAUGCACUGAUUGUACAACCUUUUAGAUUAUUAGAUGUUUUCUUAAUUUAGGGUUACCAGACAUCCCCGUUUCCCAGGGACAGUCCCCGGAUUUGCGAAUAAGUCCCUUAACAAAUUCCAUCUCCCGGAAUGUCCCCAGAUUUCAUCUAAUGUCCCCGGGAAACGCAGCCUAUCGGAGCAGCCUCCCAACAUCUGUGAAGAUAGGCUUCACGCUGCCUAUCAGAGCUUGUGUGCAAGCAGGAGGGGGCAGGGAUCUCUCAGUUAGGCAACGGGAAGGGGAGGGGAUCCCUGCCCCCUCCUGCUUGCACGCAAGUAGGUAUGGGAUUGGGGCUGCUCCGAUGGGAAUGGAGGCAUUGCACUGCCUGAGCCUCACCGCCGCUCUCAGCCCUCCUUCUCCACCUUCUAUGCCUGACCCACCGUGCACCACUUCCCCACCCACCCACCCACCCCCACCACCAAAGAACCAACAACUCAGGGGCUGCCCAGGCUCAUGGAGAAAGGUGAUAGAAGCAUCGGAGGAAGGGGAAACGUGGCGGUUGAGGUCAAGGUGGCGGCCUCCCCUCUCCCACUGCCAUCACUGCAGCAUCACUGUCCUGAGCGUGUAGUAUGUAUGUAUGUAUGUAUGUAUGUAUUUAAAGUGUCCCCAGAUUCAUUGGAAAAAAUGUGGUAACCUUAUCUUAAUUCACUUUUGCAUUUCUUGCAUCUUUAAACAAAAGUAAACUAAUAAGAUUUGUCAUAGAUGUAGACCUGCAAAACUAGAUUAACAGCUCACAGUUCAGUGUUGGGUGGCAGUCAGAGUCCGUGGCCGUGUAGUGCAUCAAACAGCUUGUCAUUAUUGGUCUGCAAUUGUUAGAGGUGGAGGAAUAUGGGAGUUUUUCUUUCAUUCAGUUCCUCAUUUAUCUGUUAUUCAGUUUGCCACACUUCUACAUCCAAUAAUGCUUCAGUUAAUGUAUUGUUUCAGGCAGUGAGAAUGAAUUAAAAUUGCAUUAAAUUGCACCUGAGCUGACUUUCUGCCCCAUCCCUAGUAGUGAUGGAAUAAUAUGCUGUCGUUAAGCACUGUAUGGAAGCAGCAGGUAGUAUCUUUUUCACAGCCAUUUUUGAGUCCACAGCUGCCUUGACCAACUACAUUCUUUCCAUGGUACCCCUGUGAGGUUCAGGAGCCCAGUUAUGUCACCCCUUGCCUGCAGAGUUGGCAGCCUCUCACCCUUUUUUGAGCACUCUCCCUUGUGGAGUGUUCCCUCAGCCUCCUCUCCUCUCCCCUCUCCUUGGGAGUCCUCUAGGCAGCCACUGCUGCCCUCCUUCUUCUCUGAGCUUCCCCACCUCCGUGCCAAAGAGCGGUGCCUCCUCACACUGCCCCACAGGCGCCUGGAACUUGUCUGUCCCAACAGCAAGGACUGGCUGGCUGGGAUCCCUAACCCACUUGCUUCCUUGUUGUCAGCUCCUGACAACAAGCACACCCAGAACAUUCGCUUGCGGAGCUCGUAACCAGGGCUGCUGCAACAAACAGCCACACAAGCCUUUGGGAGGCAGAGAUGCUUGAGGGCAUCAGAGGAGGGAGGGAAGGAAAGAGGGACAGAGACUAGUGUUGCCCGCAACACUCUUAACCAUAAUUCAAGGCACCCUAGGGUACCAUGGCACUCUGGUUGCAAACCACUGAGCUAAGACUUCCCUGUGAUUGUGUCCAUUUAGGAAAGGGAGGGCAUUGGGAAGUGAAACAGGUCCAGUUCAGAGGUCACAGUCCACAGAUGCCCAACAUAUAGACCUCCAGGUAUAGGGCAGUAUAUAAAUUCAAACAACAGCAACAUAUAGCAAAAAUGUUAUGCAAAUGAAACAGCAAAGAGAAAUAUGUUAAUAGUGAGCAGAACCCAAGUGGGGAUGCAGCAUGCUGGAACUCAUGUCAAGUGGGCCUGUGGCCAAGGUCCAGGUCACAUUUUCAAAUGCCUUGUAGUCUUUCCAACAUAUUAAGUAGGCAAGCAGAAUAGAGGGAAAGAGACAGGAAUCCAUCUUGGAAUUGAAAGGACUGCUAAAUCUUACUUACUUGCUGUAUGUACUUAUUACUCCUUCCCAUCUAGGACUGGUCUUCUCUAAUGGUCUCAUCUGGAAACACCAAAGACGGUUUGCCUUAUCAACACUCAGAAACUUUGGUUUGGGCAAAAGGUCUUUAGAAGAAAGAAUACAGGAAGAAAGCCGUUACUUAAAGGAAGCAAUAGAAGCUGAGAAAGGUGAGAACCAGAAUCAAUAAACCUGGGGCAUAUUUACGCUGCUAUUUUCUAUGAACGAAAUCAAAAAUACAUUAGCCAGGGUGCGAAGCUCUUUAGCAUUAUUUCUUCAUGUAAACGUAGCUCUGCUUGGACUGGAAUAACCCUGUGAUGGAGAAGGGGGUGUUGAUAGGAAGCUCCACAGAGGCUCAUUAUGGUGCAGCAAAGUUCUAGUGUGAAGCUUUGUGUUGGAACCUGCCAUGGGAGCUAAAAGCCCCUGAACUAGAACAGACUUAAGAACAAAGAUGGAGUGUUUGGGCUGAGAAGGUGUGCAGAUUUUGAUGAUUUUGACAACCAACAUCACAAAUAGAAUAGGGUUUGAAGUGCAAUCAUUUUGGUAUAUUUUGGCAUAUACUGUCUUUGAGACGGUCCUUACCCUUUUUGACAGCCAUUGUUACAGAAUAAUCCUUGUCUAUGGAGAAUAUAAAUACUCACUUGAAAAUAUAAAUAGAUCUCAGAGUCCUGGGUGUCCCAGGUUAAAUUACAGAAUAUGAUGUUAAUACUGAUGCUUUCUUUGGCUAAAACAAAUUCUACCCCUUCCACACGCAACCACUUUCCCCACUUUCUGUUUUUGUUAUACGGAAGCUAGAAGCACCCCAAUUCCUUCUGCACCAUUUUCUCUCUCUCCCCAGGGCAGCCAUUUGACCCUCACUUUCAGAUUAAUAAUGCUGUUUCAAAUAUCAUCUGUUCCAUCACUUUUGGGGACCGCUUUGAUUACCAUGACAGUCGUUUCCAGAAGCUACUGCACUUGCUCGAUGAGGCAUUGCUUCUUCAGGGAAGUCUUUGGAGUAUAGUAGGUCUUCUCUGAGUUCUUUUGCAUAUAACCACCACACAAUUGCUUGGGCUCCAGUCACAUUCCCACAUUAUUGUUGACUGUGAAAUCAUUUGCUUUGGUCCUCCUUUUUCUUCAUGUUCAGAUUUCUGUUUUUCCUGUAUUCAAGCAUCUUGUUCCAUCCAUUUUCCUUUGCCCCCUAGUGUUGUUUAUAAAAGCACUGAAGAUGAAAAGGUUGGGAUGUGUUCAGUAACGUAAAGUGGGAGGCCAAAUCAUGUGUUACAGCACAGAUCAUAUUUUUAUUGGGGGGAAUAACAUGUGUGACUGAAUAAAAUCUCUAUGUAUGUGAACAGAGUGAGGCCAUCACAAAUGGUAUACAUAGAGUGAGCUGCCAUUGUUCUGCCCCAGCUUCUGACAACCUAGGAGUUCAAAAGCAUACCAGCGCAAGUAUAUAAAUAGGUACUGCUGUAGUAGGAAGGUAAACGGCAUUUCCGUACACUCAGGCGUCCAUCACGGUGACACUGGAAGUGGUUUAAUCAUGUUGGCCACAUGACCCGGAAAGCUGUCUGUGGACAAAUGCCGGCUCGUUGGCCUGAAAAGACAGAUGAGCGCCGCCACCUCAUAGUCUCCUUUGACUGGACUUAACUGUCCAGGGGUGCUUUACUUUACCUACAUGGACUAAUUCUACACACACACCAUUUACAAUCUGUGAAUUGACACCCCAUGCAGAUGCAUAACAUUAAAGGGAAACUCAUAGGAAGUCGAUCAGUGAAUUAGAAGGUGUGCUUGCAGAAAUCAGACCAUGAUGCCAUUUAAUCUGCAAUCCUAAGCAGUGGUGAGUACCAUAUUUGCUCUGGUUCCAAGAGAGUCUGCCAUCUUUGAGCCUGUGCACACCAGCCUUUAUUACUGCUAGCCUCUUUCCCAUGACAAGAGCAUGAUGUGAAUGUUUUUGGAGAGGGCAUUCCCUGCAGAUACAUGAUAUUAGUGUUUGUUUCCUCAGCUGUAUGAUAUCAUUCCCUCUGUCAUGAAAUACCUGCCGGGGCCACAUCACACACUUUUUAAAAAAUGGGGGCAGCUGAAAUACUUUGUGAGAGAAAUCAUUGAAAAACACAAAGAAGACUGGAACCCAUCUGAACCCAGAGACUUCAUUGAUGCCUACCUAAAUGAAAUGGCCAAGGUGAGAGAUGAAAAGGAUAGAAGGUAGAUAUAAUUUUGAUAAUAAAAAUGAUAGUAGCAGAAGGCAGAGAAACAAUUUUAAAAACCAGAAAUAACCAUGUGGCCCAUAAUGGCUGACCACAUUUCAAUGUUUCCAUUGAGUUUAUUAUUCUAGAAAAAAUAAAUUUCUGCAUAUGCAUGAAUAUGAACCCAUGUAUUUUGUGGGGAGACAAUUCUCCAUUCUUUCACUGCUGGGAUUUUACCACUUGUCAGUGGUGAGUGAGAGCAAACAGUUGACAUGACCAAACGAAUCAUUGUAGUAAAGGCCAUCCAUUGCCUCAGUUGUCUGAAUAAACCUCCUCUAGGGCUUUGGCGUCCUUGACCAGAACAAUCCCAAACUUCAUGCCAGCUUCAGUGAUUCAAAGGACUGUUGUCUUGACCUUCCUAGAUGCAGGAUUAGAGUUGCUGAAUCCCCUAGUGAUCUCUUGACUUGUGGCUGACAACAUUUCAAUAUUUCCAUUGAGUUUAUGACUUCAGACAAAAUAUAUUUCUGCAUGCACAGGUCAAUAUAUUUUGUGGGGAGACACCUCCCCACUUGUUCACUGCUGGGAUUUCACCACUUGUCUGUGGUUUGUGAGAGCAAGCAGUUGACAUGACUAAAAGAAUCACUGCCUCAGUUGUCUGAAUAAACCUUCUCUAAGGCUUUGGCAUCCUUGACCACAACAAACCCAUACUUUAUGCCAGCAUCAGUGAUUCACAGGACUGUUGCCUUGAGCUUCCUAAAUCCUGGACACUUUUCAGGAGUAGAGCCCUUGCCUCCCCUAGUGAUCUCUUGACAUGUGGGUCUGACAGUAGGAUGGUGUUUUUAAUGGCUGCUUAACUCCUUGGUGCAUUUCUGUUUUAAGGAGGAUUCUGCUUCCAGUUUCCAUGAAGAAAACCUUCUACAUUCAGCACUGGAUUUAUUUCUUGCUGGAACGGAAACAACUUCUACAACCCUGCGUUGGGGUUUGCUGUAUAUGGCCAUUUAUCCAGAUAUUCAAGGUAGAACUGUAGUUGGCUCAUUUGUCUUUCAGUACUUUGUUUUGUAUAUAACAAAGGCCUACUGAAAGCAAACAUCAAUAUAUAAUCUUAUCAUUAGAUGCUGAAAAGGUCUUUGACAAAAUACAGUGGUGCCCCGCAAGACGAAUGCCUCGCAAGACGAAAAACCCGCUAGACGAAAGGGUUUUCCGUUUUUCAAUGCGCUUCGCAAGACGAAUUUCCCUAUGGGCUUGCUUCGCAAGACGAAAACGUCUUGCGAGUCUUGUGGUUUUUUUGCUCCCCCCCCCUUUUUCUAAGCCGCUUAGCUGCUAAUAGCCUUUUAGCCGCUAAGCCGCUAAGCCUUUAAUAGCUGCUAAACCGCUAAACCGCUAAUAGCGCUAAUCCGCUAAGCCGCUAAUAGGGUUGCUUCGCAAGACGAAAAAACCGCUAGAUGAAGAGACUUGCGGAAUGGAUUAUUUUUGUCUUGCGAGGCACCACUGUAUAUAAACAGAAUAUGGUGGCUGUACUAAACUAAUGGUGGCUGUAUUUCCUUUGGAAUGCAAAAAAUGGAUUAAGAUAUCAUAUGAUUCACCCUCAUCUAGAGUAAAAGUAAAUGCCAUGUUUUCUGCUACUGUAGAGGAGCUAGACAGGGAUGUCCACUUUCACCUUUGUUUUUCAAUAUUUGCAUGGAACCCUUAGCUUGCACUAUUAGACAACAUAGGUACUAUUGAUCUAUGGAGAAAUACAUAAUUCAGUUUAAUACAAAUUGGUUUCAUCUGCAGAUGAUAUUCUUUUGUUUAUUUCUAAAUCCUCAUUUGCUGAUGCAGAUCAUAGGUGCCUUUCCUAAAAUAUCCGGAUACUCCGUUGACUGGUCCAAAUGAAAAUGGAUUCCAAUAAGUGAAAAUUUGGUUACCUAUUCAUUUAAGGAGUAUCAAUUCUGUAUCUGCUCAAAUCCGUUAAAUAUUAUAGAUGGGCCAUCCCUACAGAUCUUAGAAAAAGUCUAUCCUUGUGUUGAUGAGAGAUUUUAAUUUUUUUGCAGCAAAAGUCCAAGCGGAAAUAGAUUCUGUGAUUGGCCAGUCUCGCCAGCCAGCGAUGGAUGACAGGGACAGAAUGCCAUACACCAAUGCAGUUGUUCAUGAAAUUCAAAGAAUAAGCAACAUUAUUCCUUUGAAUGUGCCUCGGUUGACAACAAAGGACACUACACUGGCUGGAUUUCAUAUUCCCAAAGUAAACAUUAAGAAGAUAUACCUUUCUCAUAAGCCUUUCCUCUUCUCUUGAGAUGUGAAAACUUGCUGCCAAAGUUCUAAGUCAGGGAUAGCCAGUGUGCUGCUCCCAAGAUGCUGUUGAACUCCUUCUGCUUGAGCCAGCAUGGCCACUGGGCAGGGUCUGGGGUGUUCUUUGGGCACAUCAAGAUCUGGAGUGGAGGGAAGGGGUUAUGGCUAGAUAGACAUUGGUUCUUUCCAACCCCUGGCAAAAAUGGAUUCCAAGCGCAGUCUGUACCAUUUGUAUGGAUAGCUAGUUACUUUCUAUUCUUUUCGCUUUUUAAAAAAUGACCAUUACUAAUAACCCAAACUGCAACACCUGGCAUCUGGUGUUUCCUAUCCUACUUUGAAUAUACAGUCAUACCUCGGGUUGAAUACGCUUCGAGUUGAGCGUGUUCGAGUUGCGCUCCGUGGCAAGCUGGAAGUAAUGGAGUGCGUUACUUCCGGGUUUCGCCGCUUGCGCAUGCGCAGAUGCUCAAAAUGACGUCACGCGCAUGUGCAGAAGCGGCAAAAAGUGAUAUGUGCGCGUGUGCAGACGUGCCGUCGCUAGUUACGUUUACCUCUAGAUGCGAACAGGGCUCUGGAACGGAUCCCGUUCGUAUCUAGAGGUACCACUGUAUUUUAAAACUGAACCUGUGUUUUUGUGAGAUGCGGUUCAAUGAAUUACUUAAUAAUGCAUAAAAAAUAUCACAUUCAAAACAUUCUUUCUGAGUUGGACUUGGAUCUAGGAGGCUUAGUACUGCAGUAGUUGCACAGAUCAAAACACAAAGAUUUCUUUGCAAGUUUUAUUCUACCACUUUUCUCUGCUUCUUCUUUGGCAGGACACUGUAUUACUUACCAACUUGACCUCACUGCUCUUUGAUGAGGAUGAGUGGGAAACACCCAAUGUGUUUAAUCCUGGUCAUUUCCUAGAGAAUGGUCAGUUCAGAAAAAGGGAAGCGUUCCUGCCAUUCUCUGCAGGUAACAAAUGUUGAUGCGUGGCUUCUUAGAAUUGCAACAGAGACUACAUGAUGAUGGCUUGGUUGUGGGAAGUCUGGUGUAUUACAGGGCUCAGCACCCAAUUGAGGCCAGUGGUCACAUUUGAGAUUAUGAGGAAGUACUGUGGAUGCAAAAUGACUACUAUAGGAGGUGUGAUUUUACACAAAAUGGUGUUGGUAUACUCUUCCCCCUCCCCCCACACCCAGUAAGCAGUGUGGAUUUUUGAGGGAAUAUUUCCAGAGCUUUCUCAGGUGCCCUAAGUGGCACAGGUGCUCCACAAGGCAUUGGGUGUACAGCAGCUGAUGUAUUUUUUCAUAGUUUCCUCAAGGAAGAGAAACCCACUUCCAUCUUGAACUUGAGGAACUGAGCUCUGUUUGCCACACCCUUAGCUAAGAUUAGGGAGAUUCCUAAUAAAAUAUAUUUGAAAUUUACAUCAUAUGCAGUUUUAGAGAAAAAAUAAAUUCAUGUAACUCAAAUAUAUCUAUUCCAAAUUCAGUAAAACCAUGAUCAUAUUUGUUCAGUGUUCCCAUUUGCUUGACUUAUAUGUUUAUUUUGCAACAACAUAAUUACUUUUUAAAUUAUUUGAUCUGCCCAUGUUAUUUAAAUUGUGCCACUCAGUGGAGAGCAAAAGCUCUCCACUGAAACAGUCUUUUUCCUCCUUGUCUUCUAGGAAAGCGAGCCUGUUUGGGAGAGCAGUUGGCGAGGACCGAGCUCUUCAUUUUCUUCACUGCCCUAAUUCAGAAGUUCACUUUCCAGGCUCCAAAGAAUGAGACAUUAAGCCGUGAAUUUAGGAUAGGUUUGACCGUGUCUCCCCUGCCAUACCGGAUAUGUGCAUUCUCUCGCUAA